GCCCUGUUUUGUUGAUUGGGUUGAUUCGGCGAUGCCCACGUAGUAUUUGAGUUAUUUCCUCUGAGAUAUACAAAUUUCCCGCGAACCUUUUCUCUGUUGUGCAAGGGCUCCGAUCGGAAGAGCAUAAAAAUUAAGAAUGUCUGAAGAGUCACCGUCUUCUUCAUCGUCUGAUUCCGCCAUUCUUCGCCUUCAACAUCACCUAGCUUCAUGCUCUCGUUCGAUUGAAGCCGGAGAUUACAGUGAUUCCGAUCGAUCGGUGUCGGAGCUCGUUAUAUUUCUAAACUCGACUUCGGAUACGGUUGUGCAAGAAGCGGAGAAUGAAGACUCCGAGAGAAAAGCCUUCCAAAUUCUUACGGAAAUUCAUAGAUUCACGACCUCUCCUUCUCUGAACCUGGAAGUUCUUGAAGCACUAUCAUUUGAGUUGCCGAAGGCAGUGUGUAGAUUUGCCUGCGCAUCCAAGAGGUGUUCCGAUCUCGCUGAAAGUUUUAUUGAUCAUCUACUUGAGAAGUGUGGUCCACGCGAGAUGCUUUCAAUUCUUUGUGAUGCAUUAAGUUCUCCAAAUGAGCUAUUCCAGACUUCUCUUUAUUAUGCACCUCUUCUGAGUGGGGUUGCAAAAGUUCUAAUACGCAUCCAGAGACGGCAAUUUGAGCAAGUAAAAGCUGCAGUUCCUGUUGUUCUUCAGGUUUUAAAUUCCAUGGCAUUACAGACAGAUGAUGAGGAUGCUGAUGCUUUUGACAUGUUUUCCAAAGCAAUUGACAUUGCAGAUUCUGUUCAGGCAGUCUGUGCAAAGUUGAUGGAUAACCAAAAGCUGCAUGCUCUUUUUGGCCUUUUGAUCUUGCAACUAAUGGGUGUUGUUUCUCUAGCGUCGAGGGCUAGAACAGCAGACUUUCUCUCUAUCGUGCUCCACUUAUCACACUUCCUUCACUUUUGUGGUUUGUCAUAUAUUGGCCUAAUUACUGGUUGCGAUGUUGAUAAGAUCACAAACAUUAUGGUUCAAAAUGAUAGGGAUGAUGAGAUAACUCAAUUUUCUUAUGUCAAACAUGGUGCAUCACUGACAGUAAUUUGGGGUUACAAAUUUGGUGAUGUGGCUGUGGCUGCUGCAGAAGAUAUAGCAGCAGUAGGAAAAGAACUUCAAAAUAAUCAGACUAAGAGAUGGCAGGCAGUAGGCAUGUUAAAGCACGUCUUCUCUUGUGCUAAGCUGUCAUGGGAUUUAAAGAGGCAUGCUCUUGAUUUCUUACUCGGCAUUAUGGGUGGAUGUGAAUGUCAUGUAGCACAAGAUGAAGACAUUGACUGCUUCUCCUAUAUGCCCUCUCUUCACGCUGGAUUGUUGGCUAUUCAAUCAGUCAUUAUGUAUGGGCCUAAUGAGGUUAUACGGAAGAAUGCUUAUGAGGCAUUCAACAAGGUGCUUGCUGACAUUCCAAGUUCUCUGAGGUUUGAACUCUUAAAAGCUUUGGUAAAGAAUUGCAACUCAUCUUCCAUGAUUGGAAUUCUUAUGGAUUGUGUGAGAAGGGAAAUGCAUGCAGAAUACAGUAAAAGAACCUCAGUGGACAAUGGAGGAUUAGAAGCAAAGGUUGUAGCCUCAAAGUGCCCAAUAUUUUGGGAUGACAGCAUUCUUGAUUUAGUAGAACUGGUUCUCAAACCUCCAACAGGAGGCCCUCCAUCCCUUCCUGAGUACACUGAUGCAGUUCUAGCAGCACUAAAUCUCUACAGGUUCGUGCUGAUUACGGAGUCAGCUGGGAAAACCAACUACACCAGUGUGCUAUCCAAGGACAAAUUAGAGAUGGCUCAUAGUGGAUGGCUCUUGCCACUUCGCACAUUAGUUACCGCAAUCAUGGCAGAAAACCAGGAAGAUUACGAUCAACUGUCGCUGGAUACAAUAUGUUCCCUCAACCCCAUUGUACUGGUUUUAUUCCGUUGUAUUGAAUUGGUUGAAGAAAACAUGAAACUUGCAGUUUAGCUUGAGG